UUUUCUUUGUUUACUUCCGGUAUACUUCUUGUCCGUAAAAUGGCUUCUCUUGACAGGGUGAAAGUGUUAGUUUUAGGAGAUUCCGGGGUUGGCAAGUCUUCCUUGGUCCACCUGCUCUGUCAGAACCAGGUGUUAUUAAAUCCGUCAUGGACUGUGGGUUGCUCCGUGGAUGUUCGGGUCCAAGACUACAAAGAGGGAACCCCGGAGGAGAAGACCUACUACAUUGAACUCUGGGAUGUUGGAGGAUCUGUUGGGAUUGCUAGCAGUGUCAAAAGCACCAGAGCCGUCUUUUACAAUUCAGUAAAUGGAAUAAUGUUGGUACAUGAUUUAACCAAUAAGAAGUCCUCUCAGAAUCUCUACCGUUGGUCACUAGAAGCAUUAAACAAGGAUUCGUCUCCAACCGGAGUGAUCGUGUCAAAUGGCAGUGACUAUGAUAGAGAACAGUUUGCUGAGAACCCAGUUCCUUUGCUGCUGAUUGGAACAAAGUUUGACCAGAUCCCAGAGACCAAACGCAAUGAAGUUCUCACUCGGACCGCCUUCCUGUCCGAAGACUUCAAUGCAGAGGAGAUUAAUCUUGACUGCACCAACCCGAGAUACCUGGCUGCAGGAACGUCCAAUGCUGUGAAGCUGAGCAGGUUCUUUGACAAGGUGAUAGAAAAGAGAUAUUUCACAAGAGAUCCCAGUCAGAUGACGGGUUUCACAGACAGGAAGCGGUUCAACUUCAAAAGUUUGCAUUAUGACUGACCUCUGUGGUCUGAAACUAUAACCUUUAUGAGCCACGUUCAACUAUCCAGUGAUCCGUUUCUCAAUCCAGGGAAGAAAAAACUGGAUUUUGUUGAAGACAUGAGGAUACUUGGGAUUAUUACAAUCACCUCUUGAGGUGAAAAUAGUCAUACCCUGAAGUUUGUUCUUGCAGAUAAGUGGUCCCCCUGAAUCCCCCUGAAAAAGGCAACAGAAAUACUAGUCAGAAAAAUGGCAAAUAAACUUGUUUGUCAUAAAUAAAGAGGAAACAGUUUUGAUGUAUUCUUUGAAAUAUAA